GUGUCAUCCUCUUCUACACUGUACUGUGCAGUUCUGGGCAUGGCCUGCAGGGUGCUCACGGUGUAUGAGUUGGAUGUCCUGGCGCCAUUUGAUUUCAAAACAAAGCCCUCAUGGCUCAACACAAAUUAUAAAGUUCUUUUAGUCUCCAUGGAGGUCACCUACUUUGUUUGUGGAUUAGUUUUUAUUCUGGUUGUAGAAGAAUGGGUUUGGGAUUAUGCUAUUUCAGUAAUUAUUCUUCAUGUUGCCAUCACCUCAACUGUUAUGCUGGAAUUCCCCUUGACAUCACAUUGGUGGGCUCAUCCUCAGCAGCCGCAGCAGCAGCGCAGCAGCGCAGCCGCGAGCUCCCCAGGAGUCCGCCAGCCGAAGCCACUACCUGCUCGGCGCUGGGCUCACUAUCGCCGUGCCCACGCUUCAGCAGGGUGCUUAAGGCAGCUGCUGGAUGAUUGA